AUGAGUGCAGUAUCGAAAUUGCUUCGUCAAAAUGAUUUUCGACUGUAUUAUCAGAUACCAUCAUCAAGCGAAAAUGCUGUCAUACCAAUUCGUAUUCCACUUUCUUUAGCAUAUAUGAGUGCUGCAGGAAAGAUUUAUCAUUUUCCGAUAGCAUGUACAACGGAUAACAAAACCGGUAGAGAAUCAUGGCGCGUAUUAUACGGUGAUCCAAUGCCUUCCUCAUUUGCAACACUAUCAGCGCUGGUAAAAUAUCACAAAAUUUACUCCUAUAUGGACCCUAAAACAAAUACCAUUGAUACAUUUCCGGUUUGGAAAGGUGCUGUAAUUGACUUUGAUGAAAUGGAUUAA